CGCCGCGGCCUCCAUCGCCAGCCCGGGCGCCGGACCCAUGGCCGAGUACGAGACCGUCAAGUCCACCCGGCUCGUGCUCAAAGGCAGCGACGCCCGCAGGAAGAAGAAAAAGAAUAAAGACAAAAAGAGAAACAGAGAGGAAGAUGAAGAAAGCAAACUGGAUAUCGUGGGGAGCUGGUGGGCCGUCAGGCAAUUUGGUGAGAUUUCCGGAACCGUGGCGAUUGAGAUGGACAGAGGGGCCUACGUCCAUGCCCUGGACAACGGCCUCUUCACUCUCGGGGCUCCGCACAGACCAGAAGAUGAAGGCCCCAGUCCCCCGGAGCAGUUGACUGCGGUCAAGCUGUCGGAUUCCAGGAUUGCCCUGAAGUCCGGCUAUGGCAAGUACCUGGGCAUAAACGCAGACGGGCUGGUGGUCGGCCGCUCCGACGCCAUCGGACCCCGAGAGCAGUGGGAACCUGUGUUUCAGGACGGCAAGAUGGCUCUGCUGGCCUCGAACAGCUGCUUCAUCAGCUGCAACGAUGCAGGCGACAUCGAAGCCAAGAGAAAGACAGCGGGAGAACAGGAAAUGAUCAAGAUCCGAUCCUGCGCCGAGAGAGAAACAGAGAAGAAGGAUGACAUUCCCCAGGAGGACAAAGGGAACGUGAAACAGUGUGAAAUCAACUAUGUCAAGAAGUUCCAGAGUUUCCAAGACCGCAAGCUAAAGAUCAGCCAAGAAGACAGCAAGGUGCUGAAGAAGGCCCGGAAAGAAGGGGUUUUCCACGAGACUCUCCUGGACAGGCGAGCCAAGCUGAAAGCCGACAGGUACUGCAAGUGAGCCCGCUGCCUGCCCGCCUACCCAAAUAAAGCCGCCAGAGGAGUCUUGCUUUUGUAAA